AUGUCGCGUUGUUGUUGCUUUGUGACGACUUUAACAACGACUUUAUCAAAAGCGAGUCGUAUUGGUCAUCGUAAAAGUAGAAGACGAAGAAGAGGCCUACGCGCCGCUGUUGUUUCGUCUUCCGCGCGCGCAAAAUCUCUCGGGGAAGAAGAAGACAAAGAAGAAGAAAACAGUUGGAACGGAUUGGAAUUGGACGACCACCUUAAGGAGGAAAAGAAGACAAACGAACAACACUACGCGUUCGUCGGGACGGAAAAACUGUACGGCCACGCGAACGUUUCGAAACUGGAGAAUACACACGUAGUUAUCAUCGGUAUCGGUGGCAUCGGCUCUUGGUGCGCGGAAGCUUUAGCGCGAACAUCGAUUGGAGAGUUUACUUUAAUUGAUUUAGAUUUCAUCUGCGUGACGAAUAUCAACAGACAAACGAUGGCGAUGGAAUCGACGGUGGGAGAAUCGAAAGCUUUAGCGAUGAAGAAAAGGAUAUUGGACCUGAAUAAAGACGCAAAGGUGAAUUGCGUCGAAGAUUUCGUGAGUAAAGAAAACGUGGAAGAGAUUUUAAAACCCCUAGUUGGUUGCGGCGAAGGACGGAAGGUUGAAUACGUCGUCGAUUGCACAGACAACGAACAAGAUAAAGCGGCAAUCAUCGCGUAUUGCGUGAAGCAUAACGUGCCCGUGAUGACCACCGGUGGUGCGGCUGGGAUGACGAAUUUUCCUCCGAGUGGCGUCGCGGUAGAAGAUUUGCAAAAAGCGACGUUCAACCGAUUGUUGGCGAGCGCAAGGAAGACGUUGCGGGACAAGUACGCGUUUCCGAGAGGCGUGAAGAAAUUCCCCAACGGAAAGAGAAUGAAGAGCGACGAUGUGGUUGCUGGAGAUGGUAAAAAAACAGAAACAUUUAAAGAGAGGAAAUUCAAGGUGAUAGCGGUGUACGCGAAGGAGCUGAGCGAGAAUUUCGCGGUGAAGAAUAGUAAUACUAGUAGUAGCGAUAGUGACGGAGGCGUGCCGUCCGGAGGGAAGAUUAAUUGCACCGAUGGAAGCUCGGGAUCUGCGGCAUUCGUAACUGGAGCGAUAGGGUUAGCAGCGGCGAGUAAGGUAGUCGUGGAUGUGCUUGCGAGAACGGAUGCGCAGAGAGAGAAGAUCGGUCAGCCGUUCACGAGUGGAUGGCAAAGUAAGGUGUGGACAUCGUCCGACAGAGGAGGAGGAGAAGAUGCACACGCUCAGAAAGCAAAUGAAUCUACCGAGAACAAAACAGACAAAGCGAAAACGAUACCAACGCCUAUGGGCAACAAAAUACAAGUGGACGACGAAUCGCUUACGGAGUUUAUUGGCGAGGACGUCCUUCACGAUGCCUCGAAAGAUAACCUCAACUUGAACGAGAUUUUCGAUGCGCAUUGUCACUGGCACUUGCAUAGCGACGACAGCGAAAUUGAGGCGAUGGGUAAAGAAGUGUAUAAAAUGGCUUUAACGUGCACGCAACCCUCCGAUUGGCAAAAAGCGCUCAAGAUAUCGAAGGAAUUGAACUAUCCCAUUGCUUUAGGUGCCCAUCCGUGGUGGAUUCACGAAAACAAAUCCACUUUUCAUGCUUGGAUCGAAGAACUCGAAACGCUCGCCUCGGCAACGCCACUAUCUAUAAUCGGCGAGAUUGGUUUAGAUAAAAUAGCAGUACCGCUCGACGGAGUUACACCUCCAGAUUACCCGUUCCAACUCGAAGCGUUUACGAAGCAACUCGAUCUCGCUCGAAAGCUUAACAAGCCCAUAGCUGUGCACUGCGUGAAAGCGACGUCGGAUAUCCAAAGCGCGUUAUUCGAAUGCAAGAAAAUGCCGCGCGCCGUAUUGUUGCACUCGUACAGCGGCUCCUCGGAAUGGAUGCGACAACUGAUCGGCAUGAAGCUAAAUAAAGGUGAACACGUGUAUUUUGGGUUUUCAUCGGUGGUAAACUUGCGAGGAUGGAAGAAAACACUCGAAAACAUACGAAAGUGCCCUGACGAUCGCAUCGUCGUCGAAUCUGAUUUGCGUUUAUCGCGAAAGCAAAAGGCUGGUCGGUGA